AUUAAAUUAAAAAACAAAAAGCUACUAAACCCUAAACCCUGGUGAAGAAUCAUAACACGCUAGUAGUUCAGUUGCAGAGAGGUUUUUCUCCACUGAGCCAUUUUCCGGCGAACGUUAAAUCAUUCCGAUGUCCAUUGCAUUACGGCGGCUGAGAAGUGCAAAGCCACUUCUCACUGCAUUACACCGCCACACCACCUUCCGCCGCACCAUUUCCACCGCCAACGGUGCUCCGGCUACAAAAUUUCUAGAAACUUUCAAUGAAGAAUUCGAAAUCGGUAACCGUAUCAUCAAUCUUGAAACCGGUAAAAUCGCUCGAUUAACUAAUGGCGCUGUUGUUUUGACAAUGGGAGAUACCAAAAUUCUUUCCACUGUUUCUUGCUCUAAAGAUGAUACUGCUCGUUCUGAUUUCUUACCUCUCACUGUUGAUUAUCAAGAGAAGCAAUUUGCGCAAGGCAUGAUUCCAAAUACGUACAUGAAGAGGGAAGGUGCUCCUAAGGAACGUGAACUUUUGUGUGGUCGAAUCAUUGACCGUCCUAUUCGACCUCUGUUUCCACCUGGAUUUUAUCAUGAAGUUCAGGUGACAGCUAGUGUUCUUUCCUCUGAUGGACAACAAGAUCCGGUUGUGUUGGCAGCUAAUGCAACGUCCACUGCGCUUAUGUUAUCAGAUAUUCCCUGGGGUGGCCCAAUAGGAAUGAUUCGAGUCGGUAGAAUUUGUGGGCAGUUUGUGGUGAAUCCGACCAUGGACGAGCUCAGCUUAAGUGAUCUUAACUUGGUAUACGCUUGUAUAAAGGAUAAAACUUUGAUGAUUGAUGUAGAAGCUCGUGAGAUAUCUGAUAAAGAUUUGCAAGCUGGGUUAAGAUUUGCUCAUACAGAGGCAGUGAAGUAUAUUGAACCUCAAAUUAGACUUGCUGCUAAAGUAGGUAAGUCUAAGAAAGAAUACAAAUUGUCUUUGCUCUCUGACAAGACACUGGAGAAAGUCAGAAAUUUGGCAGAAGCACCUAUUAAAGAUGUUUUUACCGAUCCUUCCUAUGGAAAGUUUGAACGUGGAAAAGCAUUAGACAAUAUCGCAAAAGAUGUAAAGAAAGUGCUUGACGAAGAAGGCGAUGAAGAAAGCAUAAAGGUUUUGUCAAAGACAAUAGACACAGUGCGGAAGAAGGUGGUCCGUAGAAGAAUUAUUUCAGAAGAAUCCAGAGUUGAUGGAAGACAGUUGGAUGAAGUAAGACCCUUGUAUUGUGAAGCUAGAUAUGUUUCCAAACUACACGGAUCUGCACUUUUUUCCCGUGGAGAAACACAGGUUCUAUGUACAGUAACACUUGGAGCACCUGCAGACGCUCAACGGUUGGACUCUUUAGUUGGUCCUCCGUCAAAGCGGUUUAUGCUUCACUAUAGUUUUCCUCCCUUCUGCAUAGAUGAAGUUGGUAAACGUGGUGGUCUAAAUAGGCGUGAAGUUGGUCAUGGAGCACUUGCUGAAAAAGCUCUUCUUGCUGUUUUGCCUCACGAAGAUGUUUUUCCAUAUACUGUUCGUGUCAACUCCGAAGUCAUGGGUUCAGACGGUUCAACAUCAAUGGCAACUGUAUGUGGAGGGAGUCUGGCUUUGAUGGAUGCCGGCAUUCCAGUAAGGGAACAUGUUGCUGGUGUUUCUGUGGGCCUUGUCAGUGAACUUGACCCGUGCACAAGCGAAAUAGUGGACUAUCGUAUACUGACUGAUAUUUUGGGCUUGGAAGACCAUUUGGGUGACAUAGACUUCAAGAUUGCUGGAACUCGAAAAGGAGUUACUGCCAGUCAGUUGGAUAUGAAACCAGCUGGAAUUCCACUAGAUAUCAUAUGUGAAUGUUUAGAACCUGCACAUAAGGCCCGUCUACAGAUUAUUGAUCAGAUGGAACAGGAAAUUAAAGAACCACGUAUCGAGGGUGGCAGGUCUUCUCCACGACUAGUCACGUUGAAGUACAGCAAUGACGCUCUUCGUCGCUUAAUUGGGCCAAUGGGUGUUCUAUUGAAAAAGUUGGAAGAGGAAACAGGUGCACGGUUGUCUGUAGGUGUUGGAACACUUACAAUAGCUGCCAAGAAUCAAUCUGUAAUGGAUAACAUACUAGAAAAGGUUGUUUCUAUAGUUGGCCGUGAAACUGAAAUUGGAGGUAUCUACAAAGGUGUUGUUACCAGUAUAAAAGAAUACGGAGCUUUUGUUGAAUUUAAUGGUGGCAAGCAGGGCCUUCUCCACAUUUCUGAGUUGUCAUAUGAACCAGUUAACCAAGUUGCGGAUGUAGUCUCUAUUGGUCAGCAGCUUUCUGUGAUGUGCAUUGACCAAGAUGUUCAUGGUAACAUUAAAUUAUCCCUUAAAAAGACUUUGCGUGGUCCUAGAGGAUCAGAGACUAAUGAUAUAGCUGAAGGAUCUUCCGCAUCUGCAAAAGAAACUGCCAAAAUGUGGGCACCAGUUUGGGACGCAUCUAGUAUUACACAAGAACAUAAUUCUGCUUCUGAGUUGUCUGUAAAAAAAAAUGAGGUGGGCAAAACGAUUCCCUCAGCCUACGAAACACCAGUAAUUUUAAUACGCAGUGCUGAAGAAUGCGAUGAGAAGGAGAAAUCUAUUAGCUCGAAUCACAAUCAGACUUCAAAUGGUCCUCUCAUUGAUAAUGGUGUACAAUUGGAUCGCAAGUUGAAAUCUCCAUCCAAGUCAAAACCUCGUAAAUCUCAAGAUGCUAUUGAUUCUCCAUCUCAUUCAGGUCCCUUGCCAUAUAAAAAUGCCAAGAAGCCAAAAGUUUCAAUGCAAAAAGAGUCAAAAUCUGAUACUCAAAGGGCAGAAGAGAACAAGAAGGAAGGUAAAGGCAAUGCACCAUCGAGUGCAGAAGAUAUUAAACUUGGAACAAAAGUUAAUGCCAAAGUUUAUCAAAUUCGUGAACAUGGAUUAGUAUUGGAUUUGGGUGGAAGACGAGGAAUGUACCGUUUUGAGGAAAAUGGCAAAAAAGACUUUAAGAUAGGCGAUGAGAUGCAAGUAGUUUGCUCAAGCAUUAAUAGCAAGGGAGUUCCGGUAAUGUCUGCUGUGGAUGAUAACUAACGUCGAAAUGGUUGUUUCUUUCACGAGACAGGUCCCAUGGAUGUAUGCUGCGAAGAUGAUGGUUUGGAAGAAAUUCUUCCGGCGGUGUAACCAAGAUCAAUAAUUUUAUUGAAAAUCUGGUUUUUGAUAGAGCCGAAUAACAUCAAUCAAUCCAUAUAACUACUGCUGGGAUAUAUUUGCUCAAUCGUUAUUGAGCUGCUGGGAAUGCCUCGGUAAACAUUGAGAUUAACUGUAUAAAGCUUGAUAAAGCCAUCGGAAAAUGGGUCUUAGAGAUGCUUGAAGUCAUAACCACAAUUUUGUAAUAGUGGUUGAAUUGUGAACCUAUGUUUGGCCAUUAUUAUUAUUAUUAUAAACAUACAUUCGUAAUUAUUCAACUGUAAACCAAAGAUGCAGUUUUAUUGUAUCAGAUAUAUGUAUAGGGUUGAUCCUUGAUUAGUUUA